AUUGCGUAUUCGCUCCACCUGAUUUUCUUCUUCCCGACCCGUGUGGUUCACCCGGUGUAUAUAUAGCACCAAGAACCUCGACUGAGGCAUCCCACCCGCAACUCUCAUCGCACUCACGACAACAAGUUGCGGUCAUCAUGGGCUUCGUAGAAAGCUUGAAGAAAGCGGGGAAGAAGGUUAUUGGCUACCCCGAGCGGCCCGUGCCUGUGGUGUCGUCGAUGGACUUUGUUCGAGGGCUAAGCAAGAACCCGAAACAAGACGCAAUCAACUACCUGCGCAACCUUUUCCCCUUCUUGCAAUGGAUAACGCGGUACAACCUCGGCUGGCUCACGGGCGACGUCAUUGCCGGUAUCACCGUCGGCCUCGUCCUCGUACCCCAGGGCAUGUCAUACGCACAGAUCGCCACUCUUCCGGUUCAAUACGGCCUGUAUUCAUCUUUCGUCGGCGUCUUCGUCUACUGCUUCUUCGCAACCUCAAAAGACGUCAGUAUUGGUCCCGUCGCUGUUAUGUCACUCGAGACUGCAACCAUCAUCUCGCAUGUCCAGGCAGCAUAUGGCAACAGGUGGAGCAAUAACGAGAUUGCAACCACACUAGCAUUCAUGUCCGGAUUUAUCGUCCUGGGUAUCGGCUUGUUGAGACUUGGAUGGCUCGUCGAAUUCAUUCCCGCCCCGGCGGUGUCUGGGUUCAUGACCGGCUCAGCGCUGAAUAUCGCAGCCGGCCAGCUUCCCCAGCUCUUUGGUGUGCAGAACUACUUCGACACCCGCGCUGCCACAUACCAGGUCGUCAUCAACACGCUCAAGUACCUGCACCUCUCAACUCUGGACGCCGCAUGGGGUGUUCCCGCUCUCGCCUUCCUUUACUUCACACGGUGGCUCCUGAAGCACCUUGCCGAACGCCACCCUCGUGUCCGCCGGGCGGCUUUCUUCAUGACCAACCUGCGCAACGGUUUCGUCGUGAUCAUCCUCACUCUUGCUGCGUGGCUGUACUGCCGUACGCGAUUGUCCAAGUCUGGGAAAUACCCCAUCUCCAUCCUCCUCACCGUCCCUCGCGGGUUCCAGAAUGUCGGCCAACCGCACAUCGACCCGGCCCUGCUCUCAGCCCUCGGCUCCGAGCUCCCAGUGGCGACCAUUAUACUCCUCCUCGAACACAUCGCCAUCGCCAAGUCUUUCGGUCGCGUAAAUGGGUAUAAGAUCAACCCUAACCAAGAGCUCAUUGCCAUCGGCGUGACGAACACCGUUGGAAGCUGCUUCAACGCAUAUCCUUCUACGGGUUCCUUCUCCCGCUCCGCCCUGAAAGCCAAGUCUGGCGUGCGCACCCCUGCUGCCGGUUGGUUCACAGGGAUCGUUGUUAUUGUCGCCCUCUACGGCCUCACAGACGCCUUUUUCUGGAUCCCCAAAGCGGCACUCUCAGCAGUCAUCAUCCACGCCGUCAUGGACCUCGUGGCCAACCCACAGCAGGUCUUCCAGUUCUGGCGCGUCUCCCCUCUCGAAUUCUUUAUCUGGGCCGCUGCCGUCCUGGUCACGGUCUUCAGCUCAAUCGAGAACGGUAUCUAUACUGCCAUUGCCGCCUCUGCUGCUCUCCUGCUUGUGCGCAUCGCUCGCCCACGUGGACAUUUCCUCGGGAGAGUGACCGUGCGUGCGGACCCCUUCGCCACGCCGGAAGCGAGCAUUGCAAAUGGGAAAGAAAGCUCAGCACCUGGAAUCGUUCGGGAGGUCUGGGUUCCCAUAGAUCGUGAAAGCCACAUCAUGAAUCCCACCCUGAAAGUCGAGCCCCCGCCGCCAGGCAUCAUUAUCUUCCGGUUCGAGGAGAGCUUUACCUACCCAAAUAGCUCGCGCAUCAACAGCAUCAUCGUUGACCAUGCGAAGGAGACUACCCGCAGAGGACUCGACCAAGCAAAUAUUCGUUUGGCUGAUAGGCCGUGGAACGACCCUGGACCGAGGAGGGGCGAGCCCGACCCUGCAGUACUUGACGCCAAGAAGCCGCUGCUUAAGGCGGUGGUGCUCGAUUUCUCUGCCGUAUCCCAGAUAGACACAACCGCUGUGCAGAGCCUUGUCGACCUCCGACGUGAGCUCGAGCACUGGGUCGAUGCUCCGGUGGAGUUCCACUUCGCUGGCAUCCUCUCUCCAUGGAUUAGGCGCGCUCUUAUCGCAGGCGGGUUCGGUACUGGAACACCGGGGAGGAGUCUGCCGAUUGAAAUUGCCCCCGUUGUCCCACCGUCAGACGACCGUGCAUGGGGCCCUGGAGAUGAGUUUCCCGCUCGGCAGGGUGGUCACCGUGAAGACCUCGAGGCUCUGGCAACAGAUGCGGAUAGCGGGUUGGAGAAGGAUCCGAACGCGCUCGCCGGUGCGAGCACAACAGACUUUGAAGCACCCAUCGUCAGCACCAUGACGCCGUUCUUCCACUUUGAUCUGAGCACGGCGGUGAGGAGCGUGCAGGGACAUUCAUUGCCUGAACCCCCGGAAGUAAUUGGUGAGGGUGCUUCAGCCAAUUAGGCGCUAGUGGACGUGAAAAUUGGGUAAUGAAGGGAUUAUUAUAUUGUAAUGGUAGACCACUCCAUGAC